AUUCAGGACCAGGGUUCGCGGCACGGCUUCGCUGAUAGCCCGUAUAUAAACCGGAGUGUGUUGACAACAUCAAAGCAUUGGCUCCGCAGCUUGGAGAGUAUGGCGGGAAUAGAGAAAACAAACAUGGGUGGGACACACCCAUACCCGAACCCACAAAACGGCUCCUACCAACAUGCGCCUAAUCCUAACCCGCCCCUGAGUUACAUCCCACCGCCCCAGUCCGCCCCGUCCCACUGUGUCCCCAUGGCCCAGCCCGGCGCCUCCUACACGGCGGACGCCAGCCUGCCCACGUCGAGGCCGCUCGCUGGCUUUGAGAAAAAGUCCAUCCUGGAGGCGUACAUCUUGGCCGUGUCGCCGCUAGGCCUGCUGGGAGCCCACCACUUCUACCUGGGCCGCUACUACUGGGGCAUCGUCUACUUCUUCACCCUGGGGCUCAUGGGGUGCGGCUACCUCAUCGACUGGUUCCGGGUGCCCUUUCUGGUCAGGGACUACAACUCCCGGGAGAGGACGGCCAACGGGUGUGUAGAGAAGAAAACCGUCUCCGACGCCUACACUAUGUGGUUUCCUUUCGGGCUUAUAGGGUUUCAUCAGUACUAUCUGGGCAACUACGCAUGGGGCGCCGUAUACACCUGCACCCUCGGCUUGUUUGGAAUAGGUUGGCUCAUCGAUUUGUUCCGGAUACCGUCUUUAGUGAAGACCUCCAAUGAACGGAUGCAAAGCAACGUGUAUUACGACCAGGAGAAAAAUCUGUGUCUGGCGUACGUCCUGGCUUUGACGACGGGGUACCUCGGGGGUCAUCACUAUUACCUGAACCGCCCCAUCUGGGGCGUCCUGUACACGUUCACCCUGGGUCUGAUGGGGAUGGGCUGGGUCUACGACUGGAUCCGCAUGCCGUGGCUUGUCCAGCGCGCCAACCACGAGGUCAAGGGUCAGAGGUCGACCAAAACGAAAACCGUCGACGACGCUUACAUUCUUUGGCUACCGUGGGGGUUUUUGGGGUUCCACCACUUCUACCUGGACCGACCCCUGUGGGGGUUUCUGUAUUUCUUCACCUUGGGCCUGCUGGGGAUCGGAUGGUUGGUGGAUUUGUUCCGGAUACCCUCUCUGGUGAAGUCAGUCAACAAGAAGAACGAGGAGCGGGAACGGAUCUUUAUCGAGACUCUGUCGAGACAACCACAGGUGCCGCCAUGUCAACAGAUCGCUUACGUGAAUCAAGGUUACCAGACCUACGGCAUGGCCAACCCGAGCGCCUACACGCCCACCUGUCAACCCGGCCCGUACCCCCAGCAGGUGAUCGCCUACCCCAACAACGUGGGCUCAGGGGCGCCGUACUACCCUCAGGCCGGCUACCCCAGCUACCCAGAUGCCAUGCAGCCACCCCCGUACUCGCCCAGAGAGGCCGGAACUGACGGACAGGAAGCAGGCAUUCUGCCACCAAAGACCAACGUUUAGACGACAGUAGAGCAUGUCCUACGAAUAAAUUACAUGAUAAAAUUGGAAAUAGAUUUUUUUUUACUUAAAUAUAAGUUAUACCUGAAUAAUGUUAACUUGUUUUGACAGUACAUGUUUGAUGAACUAAAAAACUUUUUUGUCAUUUGCCAUCAUAACAGGCAUAUUUUUUUACACCAUGGCAAAUAGGAUAAGUCUAAGUAGUAAGUAAGUACGUAAAGUAGAAAUGUAAUGACUAAGAAUUCAUCUGGGAUGUAGAUCUAGUAAAUUAGUUUUGUAUUUUAUUACUUUUAUAUGUAUGGUGUGCUUGCUGCCACCUUUUGUUCAACGUUUAGUGAUUUUUUUUAAAUGGUUAAAUGACUUGUUAAUCUCUGAUGAAAUGUUCACCCAGCUCUGAUGGGUACCUGACUCGCAUUGGGAAAAUUUAAAGACCACUGGGCAUAGUGCUAACAAUCCCUUCAUAUUCUGUGAUCAAGAAAUAUAUUAAGUCUACUUCAUCUGUUUAAAAAGGAAUGUUUAUAAAUUUUCCAACUGAUUUUUAAUGAUUUUAUUUUUUGAAAACUUUUUUUAUAUUUACUUUUGUUUUUAUAUAAUUACGAGAUUGUAUAUCAUAAAGCACAAUUAAGAAAUAGAUGAAUUAGAACUGACUGAUGUUAAGAGUAUUUAGAGUUAACUACCUUAAAGUCCUGUCAGAAACAGUUCUAUUUGCCAACUAUUGUGCUAUUGCCUAUGUUCCCAAGCACUAGUAAUAAAUUAAUAAGCAAGAUCACCUAAUCUUUUUGUCAAAUUAGGUGUAUACAAUUUAAUGUUUUUAUUUCCUCAUUAUAUUUCAUUUUAAAAAAUCUUGUUGACCAAUUAAUAAAGCAUUUAAUGACACAUUCCCAAGUGCAGGUAGCCCAACACAAAAGAUUAUACAAAGGGAGGUAACCCAGUGACUUUGGCAGAGUUAUUUCAACAAUAACCAGUUCCAUUUUGAUAGUUACAAAUUUGUAUUGAAAUGUAUAGUUUAUAUAUUCUUCUAUGAUAUGACACCACAAUGACUUUAGCAGCUUUUUAAGAACUUUGGGUUUUUUGACAAAAAAUGAUUUAAAUAAUUCAAAUGUUAUUUUUUUUUAGAAAUAAAUUUUGAUGUAUGUGAUCUUUGAUUGCUUUUCUUAUUCCAUUUAAAUAAAGUCAGAAAAUUCAUGUA